AGGAGCAUAAGACACAUGCGGUAACGUUUUUCUCUGGAAGGUAACAGUGUUGUCUUUUGGUUUUCAAUUGGCCGCCACCAUGUCCAUUUCCACCAAACCAUUCAUCGUCUAUCUCCUCUCCGCUUCCUCCAUCGCCGUUCUCUCCGCCUUCUUCCUCACCGGUACCAACAAUGACCACCACCCUUCUUCUUCUUCUCUUUCAAAUUCAAUACCAUCAUCUUCAUCACCCCUUCACUCCCUCCAUGCCAGUUACGGAUCCGGAACCAAGAAAAUAUGGCCCGAAUUGGAAUUCAGUUGGAGACUCGUCUUGGCCACACUCAUUGGUUUUCUGGGAUCUGCUUUUGGAACCGUUGGUGGUGUUGGUGGUGGUGGCAUUUUCGUUCCUAUGCUUACUCUGAUUGUUGGUUUUGAUACCAAAUCUGCUGCUGCUCUUUCCAAGUGUAUGAUAAUGGGGGCUUCAACAUCUUCAGUUUGGUACAAUCUCAGAGUGCGUCAUCCAACCAGAGAGGUGCCCAUAUUGGACUAUGAUUUGGCUCUUCUUUUUCAGCCCAUGCUCAUGCUUGGUAUCACUGUUGGUGUUGCUCUCAGUGUUGUCUUUCCCUACUGGCUCAUCACUGUCCUCAUCAUUAUUCUCUUCAUAGGAACCUCCUCAAGGUCUUUCUAUAAGGCAACUGAGAUGUGGAAGGAAGAGACACUUCUCAAGAAAGAGCUGGCCCGACAACAAGCUACUAUGGUUAAUUCUCGUGGCGAACUUCUAAUCGACACUGAUUAUGAGCCCUUGAUGCCUAGAGAAGAGAAGUCACGUGUGCAAAUAUUUUGUUUCAACCUUAGGUGGAAAAGGAUAUUGGUGCUGAUGGCUGUGUGGGUUUCUUUCCUACUAAUUCAAGCUAUCAAGAAUGAUGUAGAGGUCUGCAGUGUAUGGUAUUGGGUUCUUUUCUGCUUACAGUUUCCUGUUGCACUUGUGGUGUUUGGCUAUGAAGCAGUAAAGUUGUAUAAGGAUCAGAAGAAGAUGAAAAGUACAGGAAGCGGGGAAUGCAUUUGCGAGGCUUCAAUUGAAUGGACUGUCAUGCCCAUUAUAUUUUGUGCACUCUGUGGCGUCUUAGGGGGAACUGUAGGAGGCUUACUUGGUUCUGGAGGUGGCUUCAUCUUAGGCCCUCUUUUAAUCGAGAUUGGUGUCAUCCCUCAGGUUGCUAGUGCAACAGCAACAUUUGUGAUGAUGUACUCAUCAUCUUUGUCUGUGGUGGAGUUCUACUUCCUCAAGAGAUUCCCCAUUCCUUAUGCGUUAUACCUCAUGAUGGUGUCUGUUUUGGCUGGCUUCUUCGGUCAAUGCUUUGUAAGAAAAUUGGUGAGAAUUCUAGGAAGGGCCUCAAUCAUUGUGUUCAUCCUGUCAGGGGUUAUUUUUGCUUGUGCUAUCACUAUGGGUGUUAUUGGCGUUGUGAGCAGCAUUCAAAUGAUCCAAAACCACGAGUUUAUGGGAUUUUUGGGCUUUUGUAGCAGUCAAUAAUGUAUGAAAUGUGCAGUAAAAGUCAAAGGUAAAUCUGUGUGCAGAAAAUGAAAGGGUUGUAAAUUCAGGGUAGGAUAAAUUAUCCUAUAGCAGCUAGUGUUCUUGAAUGGUUGGUUCAAUUCCUUGUUGACCAACAGGAAGAUCAUUAUUCAACAUGCGUUAAAUAAGGCUACCUUGCCAUCUCCUCUAUGAAGCACCGUUAGCAGUUGAAUGUUAGCUACUGGCUAACACUUUUCUCAUUGUGGUGCAAUCAUUUGUUUGAUUUUUUAUUUUGUUGAAAAAAGUUUGUAUUGGGGUGUUCAUUCAAUUCCAGAGUGGAAAAAGGUUGUAAGGUCAGGGUAAGAGUACAGGGUUCAGAAAUGUUGUUGGUCAAUGCUUAGUUGACCAUCUUCAUGUAAUAAACAAGGGUUGAUUUUGAGUCAUUGAGUUUGUUGGUCAA